GAAGCAUGUGGUUUUGGGUAUAUAAAGCGCUUAGCGCAGGCACAGUCAUCUCUCUCGCUCUUGCUUCCGCUCCGCUCCGAGAUAGCCACACCGAAACCGUCGUCAGGGGCCUAGUUCACUGUUCUCGUGAAUCCGCCGCACUGGUGCUCAAUGACUCCACGAGAUGCGCGAAAAAUGGAAUCCGAGAGCAACAAGGUGGUCCCAAUAUGUAGCACAAAUUACCGAACUACCAGCAAGAGACAUCCCCCUCUGGAGCGGACGAUGAGCAUCACCAGAGACGGCUCGAUGGACUAUCGGGGGACGCCGGCUGACAAGAGGACCACCGGACGCUUUAAGGCUAAUGCCUUCAUAAUUGGAAUCGAAAUUGGGGAGAGGCUGGCAUUUUAUGGGAUUUCUGCCAAUCUGGUGACAUACCUAACUCACGUAUUACACGAGGGGACAGAGAAGUCGGCUACAAAUGUGAAUAACUGGAUGGGGACGACAUUCCUUGCGCCUCUUCUGGGGGCGUUCCUCGCUGAUGCAUUCUGGGGAAGGUUUUGGACCAUCCUCAUUUUUGGUGUUGUCUACUUCGUGGGGCUGGUGACGUUGACGCUUUCGGUGACAGUAGACACGUUUAAGCCUCCAAGUUGCACCCACACAAGUUUUGCUGGGAUUCAACAAUGCCCUCCUGCAACUGCGGGCCAAGUAGGAUUCUUCUACUUCGCUCUGUACCUCAUGUCCCUCGGCGGAGGCUGUAUGAAGCCCUGCAUUGCCGCGUUCGGCGCGGAUCAAUUCGAUGAGGAGGAUAUUCGUGAGAACGAGAUGAAGAAAUCGUUUUUUAACUGGUGGGUUUUUGGCAUAAGCCUUGGCGCGCUUGUCUCGGCGACGGUACUAGUCUACGUGCAAUCUUACAUUAGUUGGGGGUGGGGGUUCGGCACUCCCACCGUGCUCAUGGGGAUUUACCUCGUGCUUUACAUCGUCGGUUUGAAAUUCUACCGCCAUAACAGGCCCACAGGAAGUCCCUUCACACAAAUUGGUCAAGUGAUCGUGGCAGCAGUCAGGAACUUCCGCCUCCGAGUUCCUGCAGAUCCGGCUUUGUUAAAUGAAGUCGUCGACAAGGAGAGGCUUCAGGCUGGAACGCGGCUCAUCCCACAUUCCAACACCAUGAGGUUCCUCGACAAAGCAGCGGUGCUUCCGAACAUAUCCGAGGGGUCAACAAUCGGCAUCGACGAUCACAGUCCAUGGAAGCUCGCAACCGUGACGGAGGUAGAGGAGGUGAAACUCGUGCUCCGUCUACUCCCGAUCUGGGUCGCGGCACUAAUCUUUCAGACACCCUCUGCCCAAAUCUCCACUUUCUACACUCGGCAAGGGAACACCCUGAACGUCGACCUGGGGUCGAAUUUCAAAAUCCCAGCUGCGUCGCUCCAGAGCAUCAUUCCUCUCACAAUCGUGUGUCUCAUCCCCAUUUACGACCGCAUUUUCGUCCCCAUUGCACGGCACUUCACGGGCAACGUGAGAGGGAUUUCUAUGCUCCAACGAAUCGGCAUCGGUAUCAUCAUCUCGCUUCUGUCCAUGGUGUGCGCGGCCACCACCGAGAUCUACCGAGUCAAGGUAGCGAGGGAGAACGGCCUGCUGGACGAACCCUUCCAGACCCUCCCACUGACCGUCUUCAUCUUGCUGCCGCAAUACAUUCUGCUGGGCGCCGCGGAGGUGUUCACCUCCAUCGGCGCGCUGGAGUUCUUCUACGACCAAGCGCCGGACUCCAUGCGCAGCCUCGGCACCGCCAUAUUCCUGAGCACCAUCGGCAUCGGUAACUUCCUCUCGAGCAUGCUCCUCUCCAGCGUUGUCAAGGUCACGAGCUUGUGCGGGCAGAGCUGGAUCGUCGAUAACCUGAACCGCUGCCGCCUGGACUACUUCUACUGGCUUCUCGCAGGCCUCAUGGCUGCCAAUCUCUGCUUCUUCUUCGCCUUAGCUAGAUGGUACCAGUACAAACAAGUCACAAGCUUAUAAUCCAACGCAAACUUCCAUGGACACACUACACUACACUACACUACACUCUCUCUCUCAUUCACUUCGAUGUGCAGAUGUGCCGAUCUUCUCACACUUUUGUGUCAGUCAAUGUUUCUGUUUGUGCACUCCCCGGAGAUCAAAAACCUAUACAACCCACACUGUUUACUCUUAUCUUUUCUUCUUUGUUUUUUUGUUUUGUUUUGUUUUGUUUUUCUUUUUCUUUUUGCUGUAGAUAUUUGCGGGGUGACAGGGUAUAUUAAUACGAGAGGUGUGAAUAAGUCGAUUCAUCUAGUUUGUGUGAGGAGUUUUGUAGGUUUUGUGAAGCAUAAAAGCAUGAGAAAGAAAGAAAAAAACAGGAAAAAAACACAAGAGGAAAGGAAAGGAAGUGUGUGUGGAGGAGGAUGUUUCAUGUGAGACUCUCAUUCCUGCUUCCCACCUGCCUGGAUGGAAUUGUUGGUUUUGGAACCUGUACUUGUUUUUCUACUUUUUUAUUUUAUUUUAAAUAUUUUCUUCUUCUUGUUGUUUUUAUCUCUUUUUAAUGAUCUCUAGUUUACAAAAGAAAACAAAUAAACUUGGUGUAUCCAUGUGGUUUUUCUA